CAAGAGAGGAUUUAUUAUCCAAGAAAACUAUGGCUCGAUUGCACAUCCAUCCCGUUGGCCUCGCCCUACUCUUUUUGGGACUGGUGUCAUGGGUUGUCGCGCUUGGCGGCUUGGGCGCCAGCACACGAGACUGCAUCGUGCAUGGGUCCUCCAAUACAACUUUGAACGGAACCCCGGCCAAGUGCGCCAAUACUUACCAGCUUGAAUGGUGGUCCAUCUGGUUCGAGUUUAUCCUGCUGGUUAUCAUGAUCCUGACAUGCUUCACGCAAGCCUUUGACAGGGCUCGCCACAUCUACUUGACUUACCUGGGCAUGGUGACGGUAUUGCUGACCAUCAUGUCCAAGAACUUCAUCACGAACAGCUUCUCGGUUGACGGCUGGAACUUCAAGGAUUACAAAGCCGAUGCCUACAACGCGGCUGCUGCUGGCGGAGUGAUGUUGUGCAUCACGAACUUCGCGCUCAUUAUCUUCGUUGGGCUUGGUGCUUCCAGCCCGUCCGCCAACAGUGGUUCUGGUUCUGCCGGGCCCCUCUCGCUGCAAGUGGGCUCCUCCGCGCCAGUGGAGCAGAAGUACCAGCCGUCAACAUACCAGCCGGCUAACUUUUAAGAGUGAUGGAUAAGGGGCAUUAUAAUGAUUUGGGCGUUUUAUCCAUAUGGGUAUUUAGUGCGUAGCGAGCGAGGCAUCAAUGGCAUGCGAUCACUAAUUCUCUUGCCUCUUCUGACAGGAAAGUGAUGAGCGGCUAUGAGGGUUGAUUGACGGGGAGGUGAUCCAGUCAUGGCGUCGUGACUUGCUUUGCUGUACUGUGCGUGUAGUACAUGCCUCUGCGUUGCACAUGCAGUAACCGUGAGUAGGUUUUCCCAUCAAAUACUCAACUGUUGCAGCAUGAAGGAUCACGAAGUGAAAGGGCUGUGUACGACAACCCAUUUAUGUAAAGCAUGGGCGUUUUGAGACAUUUGUUGCCGAGUG